CACGCGCAUCCUCACUCAAAGUGUGGCGUCCUAGUGAGCGAGCGCGUUGGGGAAGCCGAAAGCCAGAAAAGCGAAAGGACAGAAUGGAGCGCUCGACUCGGCUGCGGAUGCAGGAAUAAUAAAAAACAAAUUGUCGUAAGAAACGUCCACAGAGACACUCGCAGACGGAGAAACUCGCGAAAGAAGCACAAACUUUUUGGGGGAAACUGUUCCAGACGCUCGCCCGGACUCCGUUUAAAACAUGGAUACACUUUUCUCUCUUUUGCUGGGACUCCUGCUCCUUUUUGUUGCGGGCAUCUCCGGCCAGAUAGCACCAGCUCACAUUGGGCGCUCAGAAAAAGGAAGCUGCACGUUUGACGAUGGCUUCUCCAAAUGUGACUACCAACAAGAUCCUUAUGACGACUUUGACUGGACUCACAUCAACACCCAGGAAGUGCCCUACAUAUCCCCAUACCUGCCCAAAGGUUCCUACAUGUACGUGGACGGGUCUCAGCAUCAUAUUGGGGAGCAGGCCAGGUUUCAGCUCCCGGUGAUGAAGGAGAAUGACACUCACUGUAUUGACUUCAACUAUCUACUCACCAGCGCUGAUGGCUCCACUCCCGGGACGCUUAAUGUCCGAGUGAAGGUUAACAAGGGUCCCCUUGCCAAUCCGAUCUGGAAUGUAACAACAUACACCGGUAAAGACUGGCUGAAGGCCGAGCUGGCCAUCUCCACCUUUUGGCCCAAUGAAUACCAGGUCAUAUUUGAAGCGGAGGCAUCGGACAGGAAAACCGGCUUCAUCGUUAUAGAUGACAUUCAGGUGCUCAGCUACCCAUGCGAUAAAUCCCCUCAUUUUUUGCGUCUCGGAGACGUUGAGGUCAACGCCGGUCAGAACGCCACCUUUCAGUGUAUCGCUACCGGGCGAGACACAUCCAACAGUAAACUCUGGCUGCAGCGGCGAAACGGAAAAGAUAUCCCCGUGUCUCAGCGAAAGAACAUCAACCACCGACGAUUCUCUGCCUCAUUCCAUCUCAACGAAGUCACCAAUCAGGAUCAAGAUCUGUAUCGCUGCGUCACCCAGUCGGAGCGCGGAUCGGGGGUGUCGAACUUUGCCGGUCUUAUCGUCAGAGAGCCUCCGCACCCCAUCGCCCCACCGCAGCUGCUCGGCGUCGGGCCUACCUACCUGCUGAUUCAGCUCAAUGCCAACUCCAUCUUUGGAGAUGGUCCUAUUAUACUCAAAGAGGUGGAGUACCGCAUGACGUCAGGCAGUUGGAUAGAGACCCAUGCAGUCAACUCCCCCAAUUAUAAAUUAUGGCAUCUCGACCCCGACACCGAGUAUGAGAUCAGAGUCUUACUCACCCGACCGGGAGAGGGCGGGACAGGCAAAGCCGGACCGCCGCUCAUCACACGGACAAAAUGUGCAGAACCCAUGCGUACUCCGAAGAGGCUGAAGAUCGCCGAGACCAAGUCCCGCCUGAUAGCCGUGGAUUGGGAAUCAUUGGGUUACAACAUCACCCGCUGUCACACCUUCAACGUCACCAUCUGUUACCACUACAUGACAGCCAACAACCACAGCAAGGCCGAUUGUCUGGACAUGGACCCGAAAGCACCGCGUCAUAUCGUAGGAAGUUUGCCACCGUACACCAACGUCAGUCUGAAGAUGAUUUUGACCAAUCCAGAGGGACGCAAAGAGAGCGAUGAAACGAUUAUUCAAACAGAUGAAGAUGUUCCCGGUGCAGUUCCCACUCAGUCUGUAAGAGCCACGCCAUUUGAGGAUAGAAUUCUUCUUCACUGGAAGGAACCAUCAGAGCCAAAUGGAAUCAUCACACAAUAUGAGAUCAGCUACAGCGGCCUGCGCUCUUUCGACCCGUCAGUGCCACUGCAGCGGCCGGGACUGACGGCUCUGCCCUCCAACGCUACCCACCAUCUCUUCUCCCAGUUGCACCCGGGGGUCACUUACCAGCUCUCCAUACGAGCAUCCACCUCCAAGGGAUUCGGUCCUGCGACCACUCUAAAUGUCACGACUAACAUUUCAGCGCCAACCAUCGACGAGUAUGAUGGCUCAGAGGCCUUUCUCAAUGAAACCGCAACAACCAUCACGGUUUUGCUCAAACCUGCGCAGGCCAAAGGAGCACCUAUAAGCGCAUACCAGAUCGUAGUGGAGGAAGUGAAUCCACGGCGAGCACGUCGACAAGCCUCCUCUGACUGUUUUGAGGUUCCAGUUUCUUAUCACAGCGCAUCGACUGGUGGAUCGCCGUAUUAUUAUGCCGCUCAACUGUCCCCCAGCAACCUCCCCGAGCCCCUCCCAUUCACAGUCGGAGACAACAAGACAUACCAGGGUUUUUGGAAUCCCCCAUUGGCUCCCAGGAAGAACUACAACAUCUACUUUCAAGCUGUUAGCAGCACUGAGCGGGAAACUAAAACCCAGUGUUUGAGGCUUGCUACUAAAGGUGCGACCGAGGAACCAGAAGUCAUCCCCGACCCCGCUAAGCAGACGGACCGCGUGGUGAAGAUCGCCGGCAUCAGCGCAGGUGUCCUCGUCUUCAUACUGCUGGUGCUGGUAGCCAUCUUAUUGGUCAAGAAAAGGAGGACCUACUAUUCGUACUCUUAUUACCUGAAGCUGGCCAAAAAGCGUAAGGAUGCCAUCGGAACCACCCGGCAGGAAAUGACACAUAUGGUGAACGCCAUGGACCGCAGCUACGCCGAUCAGAGCACUCUGCACGCCGAGGACCCCAUGGCGGUGACCUUCAUGGACACGCACAACAACAGAUUGCCCAACGAUCCGCUGGUCCCCACUGCUGUGUUAGUUCCAAUCACAGACGAGAAUCAUAGCGCAUCAGCGGCAGAGAACAGCAGACUUCUAGAUGUGCCCCGCUAUCACUGCGAAGGCACCGAAUCUCCUUAUCAGACGGGACAGCUCCACCCCGCCAUCAGAGUGGCCGACCUCUUGCAGCACAUUAACUUGAUGAAGACGUCCGACAGCUAUGGCUUUAAGGAGGAGUACGAAUUGGUGAUGCAGAGUUUUUUCGAAGGCCAGUCAGCAACCUGGGACGUGGCAAAGAAAGAGCAAAACCGCACCAAGAACCGAUAUGGCAACAUAAUAGCCUAUGAUCAUUCACGGGUUAUUCUCCAGCCCAUGGAAGAUGACCCCUCCUCCGACUACAUCAACGCCAACUACAUCGAUGUAAGUGGAAACGCUCCGAAUGCUACUAUUGGCUCCCAACGAAACCAACGAAACCACACUCCCUCGCUCAUUUGGCUGUACAGGGAUGGUUAUCAGAGACCAAGCCACUACAUUGCUACUCAGGGCCCCGUGCACGAGACCGUGUAUGACUUCUGGAGGAUGGUGUGGCAAGAACAGUCGGCCUGUAUCGUCAUGGUGACCAAUCUGGUCGAGGUCGGAAGGGUGAAGUGUUACAAGUACUGGCCAGAUGAUGCCGAGGUGUACGGUGACUUCAAGGUGACCUUUGUGGAAGUGGAGCCGCUUGCUGAAUAUGUGGUCCGCACGUUCACAUUGGAGAGGCGUGGAUUCAACGAAGUGCGAGAAGUCAAGCAGUUCCACUUCACAGGCUGGCCCGAUCACGGUGUUCCGUAUCACGCCACGGGAUUGCUUUCCUUCAUCCGUAGGGUUAAAAUUUCCAAUCCACCCUCUGCCGGGCCUAUUGUGGUCCACUGCAGUGCCGGGGCAGGACGCACAGGCUGCUUCAUAGUCAUUGACAUCAUGUUGGACAUGGCAGAGAGGGAAGGCGUGGUGGACAUCUACAACUGCGUCAAGGCGCUUCGGUCCAGGAGGAUCAACAUGGUACAGACUGAGGAGCAGUACAUAUUCAUCCACGAUGCCAUCUUAGAGGCGUGUCUCUGCGGGGAAACGGCCAUUCCCGUCUGUGAGUUCAAAGCAGCUUUCUAUGAGCUCAUCCGUAUCGACUCCCAGACCAACUCGUCCCACCUGAAGGACGAAUUUCAAACUUUAAACUCAGUGACUCCUCAGCCUCAGCCUGAAGACUGCAGCAUCGCGUUGUUGCCUAGGAACCAAGAUAAGAACCGCUUCAUGGACGGACUUCCGCCUGACAGAUGUCUGCCCUUCCUCAUCACGAUCGAUGGCGAAAGUAGCAAUUACAUCAACGCGGCGCUCAUGGAUCUGUCAGAGGAGUUCCAGAGCUACAGACAGCCGGCCGCCUUCAUCGUCACCCAGCACCCGCUGCCCAAUACGGUCAAAGACUUUUGGCGCCUGGUGUACGACUACGGAUGCACCAGUCUGGUGAUGCUCAAUGAGAUUGACCUAGCGCAGGGCUGUCCCCAGUACUGGCCGGAAGAAGGCAUGUUGCGUUACGGGCCCGUCCAGGUCGAAUGUAUGUCCUGCUCGAUGGACUGUGAUGUGAUCAGCAGGCUGUUCAGAGUCUGCAACCUCACAAGACCUCAGGAAGGCUACUUGAUGGUUCGUCAGUUCCAGUACUUGGGCUGGGCGGGUCACAGGGAGGUCCCGGCCUCCAAGAGGUCCUUCCUGAAGCUCAUCCUGCAGGUGGACCAGUGGCAGCAUGAGGGAGAGGAGGGGGAGGGAAGAACCAUCGUCCAUUGCCUAAACGGCGGCGGGCGCAGUGGCGUGUUCUGUGCCAGCAGCAUUGUGUGCGAGAUGGCCAAGAGGCAGAGCGUGGUUGACGUCUUCCACGCCGUCAAAACAUUAAGGAACAGCAAACCCAACAUGGUGGACGCUCCGGAGCAGUACAGGUUCUGCUACGACCUUGCACUGGAGUUCAUCGAGUCCUCUUAAACAAGUGGGAAGAUGGCGAAGGAGAGCAGGAAAACCCUGGCUAGUCCUUCCAGACCAAGUCAGUCUUAUGGAUGUGUGCCGAGGAGACUUUGAAAGCUCCUUUAUGCUGAAAUUGUACAGCUUCUUGAGUGCCAGUGAGCCCCCUGGAUGUGAGGGGCCCACAAGUCAAAACGAUGUUUAGUCUCUCUCCACGCUCCGUAACUGCCACCAGCUUGAGAUGAUCACCAUCAUCACAAUGUUCUCUUGAAGCUCUUUUGGAGCAAACAGAAUCAGUCCCUUAAACGCGUUAACUAACCGAAAGAUCACUUCGAGAGACUGACUCAAAAGAUAGUUUACAUGUUGAGUAUUAUUAGGCUUUUUUUAUUUUUAUUUUUUCACGUCAUGAAGAAAAACUUGUAGUCAAAAGAAAUGUGAUUUUUAUUUUUAUUUGUGUCGGGGUUUUUUUUCUUAUUUGGACUGAUUUUUUAUUUUAAAGCACAUUUGAGUUUUUAUUGCAUUGUACUCCAGGGCUGGGCCCAACACGCUUUCAAUUUAUCACAAUGGAGGUCCUUGGAGAGAGAAGGAGUAAUUAGUAAUUAGCGCCGCAGUCUGAUUGGUUCACUUGGAGCAUUAGCGGUAUCCCUUGGCUUCGUUUACUUUGUGCACUGGCGGCCUAAGCGACAUUUUCUCUCUCGUUAUGUCGCCGCGGAUGUUUUAUUCAUAAGCCAAAGACUUGUUGUAAAUAUGUGUAUACGGUUGAAGCACAUUGUUCGUAUUUAUUGUUUACUUGCUUCUGAGAACAAUCAUUCUUCGCUUCGCCAACACCGUCAAGCGCCACGAUGUAACGGGCCAACCAGUGAGCGGAGAGUGUAAGAACAAGCUGUAUAUCGGAGCAUUAGAGGUACGCUAGUUUUUUUUGUUUUUAAGUAUUUACUCUGUAGUAUUGUCUUGUUUUGAUUCAAAAUGAGCCUGUGACGUUAUUGUGCUUUAUUUGGUGAAGAAAAAAAAAAAAUUCAGCCCCCCCCCCCACCCCCCGUCGUGCUCAGUGCAGUAUUUGAGCUCAAGGUCCGAAUGGGAUGUGCUGUUUUCUGUCCCGCCAGCAGCGAAAGCGACGCUUGUGCCUAAACAUUUUUUUUUUUUUUGGAGUUAUUGUUUCAAGCGGCAUCCUGGAUGGAGAGCAGACUUUGUCGAAUGCAUCCUCGCUUAACCGAUACGAUGUUGACUUGUGGUGACUGAUGUGUUUCUGUUUUGCACAAGCUCCAUUGAGGCAAAAAAAAAAAAAAAAAAAGUUUGUAUAUAGAAUAUAAGAUUUUUUUGGCUCUAGUGAGGUUGCAUCCUAUACAUACUAGUAAGGCUCUAAUGUUGAGAUUUAUCGGACGGACAAAAUGUUACACUUUGUACAAACAAAUGUUUAAUGUUAAUUCUCUCGAUGGAAUCGGAAUUGUUUUUAUGUUCCUGGUAUAUAUUUUUUUUCCGUUUAAAAAAAAAAAAAAAAAAAAAAAAAAAAGGAUGUCAAGCAAUAGUGAAAGGGCGCAAUUAGAGUGACAACCACGGUCAACAAUGAGUGACGUUUGCUGCCAAGCCAGUCUGAUUAUAAAGUCAAUAUUCAUAGUUAUUGUCUGUAAUGUUUGGCUUCUUUGCUGUAAUAAAAUAAAAACAGAUCA